CCGCAGCACAGUUCACUUAGUCGCGUGGCUCUUUCAACAAAUCACGGUCUGGAAGUCUGAGAAAAUGAAACGGACCAGAUUGACAUGUGCUUCAGGGACACCUGAAAUGUAGAGCAGGUUCCACCUGCUGUGUGAAUUCCUGCUUCCUUUUUCUUGCUGUUGGAGAGCGCUGGUGAAACUGUGAGAUGGGAGGGCACAGCCUCUCCACCCCCCACACAAACGCGAUCUAACUUUCCACUGGCGGUGACCUGCCCUCCGGUGGUACUUAUCAGCUGUUGGGUGUUUUCACUAAAAGAAAACAAAUCGAGGAAUGUAUUUUCCUGCAUGCUAAUGAAAUGGCCGAGCCAACCCAGGGGUGAUGAGAAGGCUUUCGGAAUGGAGGAGAAUAAUGAUCUUCAGUCUCUGACCUCCUGGCACCACUGGCUAUUUAUCAGGAGGCGCAUGUGACUGGCUAAGACGCCGAGCUGGGGCUUCAAGGAAACAGCUGCUGGUGGUGUACUCGCCUCUUGGCAGCUGGACAGGCAGAGCACAGCGAAAAGCCACCCCAGUUUUCCAAAGUACUUAUAAUUCAAGCUGAACAAAAAGCCCUGUGGACUUUUCCCUUAAUCCAUUUCCCAAUGAUGAUAGCUGCUUUGAAAAUCCUUUCAUACUUAGAAAUCUACUUAUAUAAAAGCAACAGAAUUUUCUUGCAGUACCUCUAAGAACAGAGGCUGCGACUGGGCAGGAAAAUCACUGACUCUCACUGCUGUGGAGAUGAUCCGUCCGGCGCUGAAGAUGUCCCCGGGGUUUUGACCGCGGCUCUGCAGCCAUGGGGUCCAGCAGCCUUGGGAAAGCAGCUACAUUAGAUGAACUGCUGAGCACUUGCAUUGAGAUGUUUGAUGACAACGGAGAGCUGAAUAAUAGUUAUUUGCCAAGAAUUGUUCUACUGAUGCACCGAUGGUAUUUAUCUUCCACUGAAUUGGCAGAAAAACUUCUCUGCAUGUAUCAAAAUGCCAGUGGAGAAAGUUGCGAUGAGUUUCGAUUAAAGAUCUGCUAUUUCAUAAGGUACUGGAUUCUGAAGUUUCCUGCGGAGUUUAAUUUGGAUCUUGGUUUGAUUCAUAUGAUUGAGGAAUUCCGGGAAGUAGCUAGUCAACUGGGAUACGAAAAGCACGUCAGCCUCAUCGACAUAUCCAGCAUUCCUUCCUAUGAUUGGAUGAGAAGAGUCACACAGAGGAAGAAAGUAUCCAAGAAGGGCAAAGCCUGCCUGCUGUUUGACCAUCUGGAGCCCAUUGAAUUGGCAGAGCACCUCACUUUUCUGGAGCAUAAAUCUUUUAGAAGGAUCUCAUUCACCGAUUAUCAAAGCUAUGUUAUCCAUGGCUGCUUGGAGAAUAACCCAACCUUGGAGAGAUCUAUUGCCUUAUUUAAUGGAAUCUCUAAGUGGGUCCAGUUGAUGGUUCUUAGCAAACCUACCCCCCAGCAAAGGGCAGAAGUCAUCACAAAGUUUAUCAAUGUUGCAAAGAAGCUCCUUCAGCUCAAAAAUUUUAACACCUUGAUGGCGGUGGUGGGAGGCCUUAGUCACAGUUCCAUUUCACGCCUCAAAGAGACCCAUUCCCAUCUUUCUUCGGAGGUUACAAAGAACUGGAAUGAAAUGACAGACUUGGUCUCCUCCAAUGGCAACUAUUGCAGUUACCGCAAGGCCUUUGCCGACUGUGAUGGUUUCAAAAUCCCCAUCCUUGGAGUACACUUGAAAGACUUGAUAGCAGUCCAUGUCAUUUUCCCAGACUGGAUGGAGGAGAACAAAGUGAACAUUGUGAAAAUGCACCAGCUCUCCGUUACCCUGAGUGAACUGGUCUCCCUGCAGAAUGCCUCUCACCACUUAGAGCCCAACAUGGACUUGAUCAACCUGCUCACCCUCUCUCUGGACCUCUAUCACACAGAAGAUGAUAUUUAUAAACUGUCACUGGUGCUGGAGCCUAGAAAUUCUAAAUCGCAGCCUACCUCCCCUACAACGCCCACCAAGCCUAUGGCGCCCCUGGACUGGGCAUCCGGGGUGAUGCCAAAGCCAGACCCCACGGUCAUCAACAAGCACAUAAGGAAACUAGUAGAGUCUGUGUUUAGAAACUAUGAUCAUGACCAUGAUGGGUACAUCUCUCAAGAGGAUUUUGAAAGCAUAGCUGCCAAUUUUCCCUUCCUGGAUUCCUUCUGUGUACUAGACAAAGAUCAGGAUGGCCUAAUCAGUAAAGACGAAAUGAUGGCCUACUUCCUGAGAGCUAAAUCCCAACUACACUGUAAAAUGGGACCAGGAUUUGUCCAUAACUUUCAGGAGAUGACCUAUCUCAAGCCAACCUUCUGUGAACACUGUGCUGGAUUCCUCUGGGGCAUAAUCAAGCAAGGAUAUAAAUGCAAAGACUGCGGAGCCAACUGUCACAAGCAGUGCAAGGAUCUCCUGGUUCUGGCCUGCAGGAGAUUUGCCCGGGCACCCUCGUUGGGCAGCAGUCAAGGGUCACUGCCCGGAAGCCCCUCGCUGCCCCCAGUGCAGGAUGAGGUGUUUGAGUUUCCCGGGGUCACUGGUGGACACCGGGACCUGGACAGCAGAGCCAUCACACUGGUGACCGGCUCCUCUCGCAAGAUAUCUGUGAGGCUACAGAGGGCCACUACCAGCCAGGCCACCCAGACUGAACCUGUCUGGUCCGAGGCUGGCUGGGGAGACUCGGGGUCCCACACCUUCCCCAAAAUGAAAUCCAAGUUUCACGACAAAGCGGCAAAGGACAAAGGCUUCGCCAAGUGGGAAAAUGAAAAGCCCAGGGUGCAAGCAGGUGUGGAUGUUGUAGACCGGGGCACCGAGUUUGAACCUGACCAGGAUGAAGGCCUGAAUGAGACCAGACAGGAUGGUGAGGAUGGCUGACUUCAAGCUGGGGAAACGGAGGCAAUCAUGUUGGCUUUGGGAAGGAGCAAGACGAGAAACUCUGAAGAACACAUCAACCUCAGGAAGUUAUCUGGAAAGACACUGCAUUGUUUUCUGCCGUGGGACAGUGGGUUCACCACAAUUGGUCAGUGGGACAGAGGAUUUAUCCUAAUACUGGACUAUUGAUUCUUCCUUCCUGUCCCUGGUGAGGUGCCACAGACUGUUAUGUAGCUAGUUGUUUUCUCACUAUAUUUCUGUAGGGCCAUUUAUAUACGGGUGAAACGAAAGCUUCUGUGCACACACUUGAUAACUCUCAAACUCAACCUUUGCUUUGUUGUGAGAAUAUUUCCAUUCUGUGUACUUUUUGGAUGGCACCAGUACUUCAUGUUUUCUUGAGGGACAAGGAAGCUUUUCAGGCCUGGAAUCUCGCAGUCCUUCUGCUGAAGAUCAUCUGCAGGGAGAGGCCGUUUACACUGUCCCUACUACACAGUUGCUAUGAUGUAUGGCAAGUCACAUGUACCGGUCGCCCACCAAUUCUGCAUCACUAAGCGGCUAUGAUAUAGCUGUGAAAGUGCUCCUAAUAUUUAUAAUAGCCAUGGGGGGAAAUUACCUACAUUUGUCCCUUCUGACUGCAUACCCUUCCUUCUUUAGAGUCCUGAAAUAGGAGUAGUAAUUGAGAAACCCAUUGGUUUUGGGGAAUAAAACUUAGUAGAAAAGUCAUUGAACAAGCCACUACGUAAAAUGCAAAGCCACUGCCAAUUUUUAAAAGUUCAAAGUAAUUCUAAAUUUUAAAAUUUGUUUUUUGUUCUGAGAGAACUCUUGUACUCUUCCUAAUAAAUUGCCAUCCAUAAUUAAAGACUAUUCAUUAAAAAGAAAGCCAUCAUAAAUCAUCUUAAAUGUCAUUUAAACUUUUAAAAAAUAUUAGUAAUUUAAGUAUUUUCCUUUGAUCCGAAAUGUCUACAUGUGGAUCUAUUUCUUAAAUUAGAGAAAGAACUUGAUUCAAGAUGUUCUAAAUAGAAGUCAGGUGCUGGUUAUGCACACCUGUAAUUCCCAGCACUUGAGAGGCUGAGGCAGGAGGAUU